CAGGUCUGUGGUCAUUGGACAGUUUGUCUGGUCAGGCCAGAGCCACGUCCAUCUGUACUGAUUCAUCUCUCUGUGACCUUUAAGAUGUUCUGCCCUUAUGUGUCGAAAUCACACUGGUGUUUAAAUACGAGGUAGUGGAUGCAACCACUGUUGGGUGACGUGAAUAACAUCCUCCUAAGAAGGCUGGACUUACUGGUGAUUGAAUGCUGAUACGCAUACAGUACAGCACAGAGGCUGUUUGGUACAGAGCUCCGAUGAGUACAGAGCGUGGUCCUUUGCCAGCACAGUCCCGCUGUGUGUACAGAGAGAUUAUCAGGAAAUUGGUUUAAAAGUCCUUCAGACACUGACACCAGUGUAACAUUGGGGGUACAGUGGAUCGGACAUUUUUACGUAUUACUCUUGUUGGACUGUAAAAUUCCUAACACGGCUAUCUAUACACGCCUCGACCGCCUUUGCGACCAGCGCAGUCUUCACCACUUUUCUGACCCACGACCCUUCCAGUAUGGGGCUCCAGUCAGACUCCACACUCCAGUCGAUCCUCCUCUUUCCAGUCCACCUGCUGAUAUGGCUGUACUCCAUCCUCUCCUUCCUGCCGUGGUACUACAUCACCGGGGCUAGCCGAAGAGAAGACCUGUCCAAGCGGAUAAAGGCGCGCUCGACCUCGGGCUGUCCGGAGGGUCCAUACCGCUCUGUGGACCACUUUGAAUCCCUGGCCAAUGAAGACUUCCCAGGCAAGGACACGCUGGAUAAACUGUUCAAGUACGCAGUGGAGCGCUUUGGAGAUGCCGAUUGCCUCGGCACCCGAGAAUUACUGAGCGAAGAAAACGAGCGGCAGCCCAACGGGAAAGUUUUUAAAAAGCUGAUCCUGGGCGAGUAUAGAUGGCUGUCCUACAACCAGCUGGACUCCAUUGUCAGCGAGUUUGGCGACGGAUUGGCAGCUCUGGGGCAGCAGCCCAAGAGCACCAUCGCAAUCUUCUGCGAAACCAGAGCGGAGUGGAUGAUCACGGCGCAGGCGUGCUUCAGGCGCAACUUCCCAUUGGUGACUUUCUACGCCACACUGGGUGAGGAGGCAAUUGCGUUUGGCCUGAACGAGACAGGAGUCACUCAUCUGGUUACCAGCGUAGAACUCCUCGAGACCAAACUGAAAAGUGUGCUACCGCAGAUCCCCAAACUGAAGCAUGUGAUCUACGUGGACCAGAAGAAAGUGAGCUCACAGGACUACCCGGAAGGACUUUCCGUCCACAGCAUGCAGUCCGUACGCGACCUAGGCGUGCUGCCCGAGAAUAAGGAGAGGCCGAUUGUGAAGCCCGAGCCCAGUGAUCUGGCUGUGGUGAUGUACACCAGCGGCUCUACGGGGCGACCCAAAGGAGUCAUGAUUGUCCACAGUAACAUCAUUGCAGGAAUGAGCGGCCAGUGUGAACGCAUCCCCGGGCUUGGGCCCAAUGACACUUACAUAGCCUAUCUUCCAUUGGCUCAUGUUCUGGAAAUGACCGCUGAAAUCUCCUGUGUCACGUAUGGCUGUCGGAUUGGCUACUCGUCCCCCCAGACUUUGUCAGACCAGUCUACUAAGAUAAAGAAAGGAAGCAAAGGAGACAGCUCUGUGCUCAGGCCCACCCUGAUGGCAGCCGUGCCUGAAAUCAUGGAUCGUAUCAACAAGAAUGUGAUGAGCAAAGUGCAGGAAAUGAAUUUCCUUCAGAAGACACUGUUUACAAUGGGCUACGAAUAUAAACUGAAGCAGAUCAGGAAAGGCUAUGACGCACCACUCUGCAAUGCCUUGCUGUUUCGCAAAGUGAAGAAACUUCUCGGUGGCCAGGUCAGGAUGAUGCUGUCUGGAGGAGCUCCCCUGUCUUCGGCCACUCAGAGGUUUAUGAAUGUAUGUUUCUGUUGUCCUGUGGGCCAGGGAUAUGGCCUCACUGAAACCUGUGGAGCUGGCACCAUCACAGAGGUUGCAGACAUCAGCACUGGUCGUGUCGGAGCUCCUCUUAUUUGUUGUGAAGUCAAGCUCAGGGACUGGGCUGAAGGUGGAUACACCAGCAAAGACGAGCCAAAUCCGAGAGGGGAGAUCCUGAUCGGUGGACCCAAUGUAACCAUGGGUUAUUACAGGCACGAAAGCAACGAACAGGACUUUUUCGUGGAUGAAAACGGUCAGAGGUGGUUCUGCACCGGAGAUGUGGGAGAGGUUUACCCAGACGGAUGUCUGCAGAUAGUGGACCGGAAGAAAGACUUAGUCAAACUUCAGGCUGGGGAGUACGUGUCUCUUGGGAAAGUGGAAUCUGCCCUGAAAAACUGCCCUCUUGUCGACAACAUCUGUGCAUACGCCAACAGUGAGCAAAACUACGUGAUAAGCUUUGUGGUUCCCAACCAGAAGAAACUGACGGAACUGGCCAAACAGAAAGGCAUUGUAGGAACGUGGGAGGAGGUCUGCACUCACCCGCAAAUGGAGCGAGAGGUUCUGACGGCGAUCAAGAAAGUCGCGGCUAACAUUAAACUUCAGCGAUUUGAGAUUCCAAUGAAGGUGCAUCUGAGUCCAGAGCCGUGGACCCCAGAGACGGGCCUGGUCACCGAUGCAUUCAAGCUGAAGAGGAAAGAGCUGAAGAACCACUAUCUCCACCACAUAGAGAGAAUGUAUGGGAGGAAAUAACUUUGUACGUCAUCGCCAGAACCACUGUUUUGCUGUGUAAAUAAUCAUCCCGGUACCAGACUUUCAAAUGGGAAACGUCUUGACACGUAAAGAAGCUAAAGCUGUAGAUAAUUGUAGCUGUUGAUGUGCGCUGCUUUUUGUUUGUUUUUGUGUGUGUGCGUGUGUGCGCGUGUGCUGUGUGUGUGUGCGUGUGUAGAAGUUUUGAUUGUCAAAGAGAAGCACAGACGUGCCAACUCUUUCACUCCUUUCAUUCGAAGUGUCCAAAACCAUUAUAGCAGUCGACUGCCAUCAACACAGAUCGGCUGGCGCUAAGCUUGCAGCUGACAAAGAUGCCACUAUUGUCCACAAGUUACAGUUUUGUCGUUACGUCCAUUGAAAACAUUUAUAAAUGUCAUCACAAUUGCUAGUGAUGCCCUUUUGUAAAGUUGGAGUACUGAUGUUACCGUGCCUUUGGCCUGCCAUGUUUGUGUCGUCAAGCAGAAGCAGCAACUAGGCAAAAACAGUUUGUGUUACAAAAACGGCUCAACAGCCAUGUUUACUUUAAUUUGAGGAAGACUAUGCCAAUGCUUUCAGCUACAGGCAUUGAUCAUGGGCGAGAAAUGUUCAUGUCUGUCUAUCCCACUUAUUUUCACUACCAAUGAUGUUUCGUUUAUGCUUCGGUUAUUGUACUGAAUUUAUUCAGAAAGGUUAUUGUACUGAAUUUAUUCAGAAAGGAAGACCAAAAUGUGUAUACAUAAAUGACUCAGGAAGAUUCAAGCAAAUGUUUUAAUAUAUGAAACAGUUAAAUUGGGCGUUGGUUGUAUGGAAACACUUUUGCACACUUUAUUUAUUUAAGAUCAAUUUAAGAUCAAGCAUGCUUAACUUCUGAAUUUUAGAAUAACCUAUAUUCAGAACUGGCAUACUGUAAUACUGUGUGUAUUUUACCUCAGUUAACAGGUUAAUGUACUAUUUGUUAUCCAAAAGGUAUUGGAACCUAAAUCUGAGUGUUUUCUAUGUAUUUUUCCUGAAUACUGUGUUGAUACAUUUGCAUUAUUAAAACAUUAGGGACGCAGACAAUACAUCCACUUUACAGUUCUUGUAUUUAUUACUCCAUCAUUCUGGUCACGUCUUGUUCAACAUUUCAAAAAUAAAGUUUGUAUUCUGUG